AGGGAGACUUCUACCUACAGGUGGUUCCUCUGGGCCGCAAGGCUGCCAAGCUGGUCAUAAAAUGUCUGUCGGCCAGUGGCCAGGCCAUCGCAGAGAUCCCCAUCCCGGAGAGCAUGUACGGCAGCGUCUUCACCGCUGACUUCCUGCAGAAUGUGACGCGCGAGCGCAACCUCCAUCCGCUGCAGAACUGGUUGCUCACCACCGGCACCGUCGUGUUCCGGACGCCGUGGAAGAACGUGGUGAAUCCUCUGUUCGUCAGCAGCACGGCAGACACCAUCAUGCAGACGCGGGGCGACAGCACGGGCUUCCGUGGCCAGCUCAGCGCCUGCAGUACCAGUGGAUCCACAGGGACCCUGGACUCCCACCGCAGCUCCCACGAAUCACUACACUCCCAGGGGGCAGACUCUACCUUCUCAGAGCCUGCUAUCCUGAGCAGGCGGGUACAUGUAAUGGACCCCAGCAGCACUAGUUGCAGGUCCCAACAGGAUCCCAACCCGGGACUUCACCGGAUGGAGAACCACAACCAGAACCACAGCCUGAGAGCAGCUCCUGACUCUCACUCCUGCAGCCCACAGACAGACAGGCUGGCUGGGGAGGGUGGUGGUGGUCCGGGGGAGGGCCAGUGGGAGGGGGAGGAGGGCCAGGGUGGGACCAGAGAGAGGACCAGGACCCUGUCGUUCAGCACCGACCUCAGUAACCCCAACCCGCGCCGGCCCCGCCACGCCAGGGACUCUGUGUCCUUCGAGACCCGGAGACUGUUCCGGAAGUCCUACAUGGAGGCCCUGCAGAACCCCAUGAACCUGGGCUCUAGCUCUGAGUCCAUCCUGGAGGAAGGACCAGAGCACAGUCCUGCAUUCCCAGGUCUCAGCCCACUCAGCCCCAGAGAAGAUGCCUCAUCUCCAACUUCGACCCCUGGUACCAGCCCCUCCACCCCCACCACCCAGAGAGAGCAGGGGCUCCGUGGGCUCAGGCUAGGGGGGACCAGGGCAUGGCUGGGUGGAGACCCCGACUCCCCCCGACUCUCUCCCAGCAUGCCUCUCCUGUACCUCCAGAGGGGUCUGAGGAACGCUGGGGCCCUGGAGACCCGGGCUGAGAGGCGCUCCAAGUCUCUGGAGAGGACUAACAAGGCAGCCCAGGUCAAAGGGCACCGGGCGCGCUCCUCCUCCGGGGGCUCGGCCAGCAGUGGAGUCUUCUCACCAAAGAAGCUGAUGAACGGAUAUGCCCUGCGCUUUGGACGGCUGGACCUGGAGGCUGCCUUCUCCAGCUCAGACAGGAGGAGCAGUGUUAGAGAGGAGACAGUGAUCCAUGAAGGUGGCACCAGCACUAACCCCAGGCGGCACAGUCAAGAUGGAGCACAGUCACACCAUCACCCCCCCAAACCUUCUAAUGAAGUCCUCAUCCAGCUGGCCCCAGCCCCAGGGUCACCCCCUAACUGUCACCUCCCCAACCUGGUGUCAGAGGUCAACCCAGAACUACUGGCCUCUGGGGCCAUCAUCUUACCUGGUAACAGAGACCUCAGCGGGCGGGCGGUGCUGCAGGUGUGCACGCGGGGGAGGGUGUGGGCUGGGGAGAGCUGCACGGCCAAAGACCUCACCUGUCUCCUGGGUUACUACUAUUCAACACUAAGGAGCGAGAGGCGUGACCAAGGCCUUACGGUGCUAGUGGACACCAGGAGACAGCAGCCCAGUUCUGCUCUGUUCUCUUCUCUGUCUGAACUGCAGGCUUUAUUACCAAAUGCACUUUACUCCGUCCUGCUACUUGCGGACAAGGAGACAACUAUCAAGCCUGAAAGAGACAUUACUACUGUGCAGACGGAGCUCCUGACGUCCCUGAAGGCUCUGUUGAAGCACAUAGACUCCAGUCAGCUCACUAGAGACCUGGACGGAACAUUCCCCUACGACCACGAUCACUGGGUCGCCUUCAGACAGAAAAUUGAGCCGUUUGCCAGCAGUUGCAGCGUGGCUCUCUCCUCCCUCCAAUCUUCUAUCUCUACGUUGAGCAGCACCAGCAACCUGGACAGCACCAAGGAGGUAUCUGAGGUGCUGGAGCAGCAGAGGUCUCUGAUGAAGUGUGUGUUGGAGGACACCCGUCUGAACAGACUGAGGCUGGAGGGAGGAACAGUCCUGGCCCGGAUCAGGAAGGACGAGGCCUGUGAGAAUGACAACUACAGGGAUGCAGUGGACAUGGUGAAUGUCCUUUAUAACCAGGUGGAUGAGGAGGUCCAUAAACUGGUGAUCCUCUCCAACAAGUCCCUGAAACAGCUGGAGAGUCUGCUGGAGGUCCGCAGGUUUGAGGAACAGACAGAGCAGAUCAAAGUAUGGUUCAGUGUGGAAGGAGAGAAGCACCUCACUGCCCUGGACUGUCUUCCUCUCUCUCUGGCUGCAGUCAAAGACAUGAGGCAGAGUUUGGAACAGUUCUUUGAGGAGUCAGUUCAGCAGCAGAAGCAGGGUUUACUGCUGGUCAGGCAGUCAGGGGAGUCUCUCCCCAGCUCGGCCUUGCUGGACUUCAAACAGCACCUGGGAUCCAUCCUGGGCAGAGUGGAGAGGAGGAAGAACCAGCUAGACAUCCUCACCAACCUCUACGAGUUCUACGGCUCGGCUAACCAGUGGAUGGAGCACUGCCAGGACUACUUCCGGCAGCUGAACCUGGAGAGCAGUGGUGUGAGCCUCCCUCCUGCAGUACUUGAGAUCCUCCAGGACUAUCAGAUGGAGGCCUCCACGUUCUCCCUGGACAACUUCAGCUCCCUCAAUGAUAUGGUCCUGUCCUUGGACAGCCCCCGGCAGACCCAUCAGUGGAACGUCCUGUGGACCAAGUGUCAACAGACCAAGAACCAGCUGGAGAAAACCCUGGCCCAGGCCACAGCAGCAGUUACUGCAGCUUCUGACUCUGCAGCCUCUAACUCUGCAGCCUCUGACUCUGCAGCCUCUGACUCUGCAGCCUCUAACUCUGCAGCCUCUAACUCUGCAGCCUCUGACUCUGCAGCCUCUGACUCUGCAGCCUCUGACUCUGCAGCCUCUAACUCUGCAGCCUCUAACUCUGCAGCCUCUAACUCUGCAGCCAGAAAUCUAACCAAAGACCCUUCAGAGAAUGCAGACAGACAGGGGGGCUGCACUCACACAGAGCAGCACGGGGCUGCUGGAGGGGAUCUUGUUUUACCUGAGUUGCCCACUCUAGGGUCAAGGAUCAUAGUGUCGUCGCUGGAGUUUGAGGAAGAAACCAAGCCUCACUCCACAGGUCACUUCUCCUCCAACAACAACAAGAGCCCCUCUUCCUGCUCCUUCACCUCCUCCUCCCUCUUCCCCUUCCCCCCCGCCCCAGAGGGAGACCCCCUCCUCCUCAAGCUGCAGCAGAGCCCCUCUCUGUUCGACGACACGGACAGCGACUGCACCAUCGACUCCAUGGGGGCCGCCUCCUGCCACUCGGAGCCUGUCUAUUCGUCCUCUGGGACGCCACUCCACCAGCACCGCCAGCACCGCAAACAGCCGCUUAAGAAGAUCAUGAAGAAGACGCUGAGCUAUGAGCUGCCGGCGGCGCAGGACGGUGGCCACGUUGACACCAGCCACCUGCAUGGCUACACGGGGGUGUACAUCAAGGGGCUGGAGGUGGCCAACAACGUGUCAGUGGAGAAGAAACUGCAGAGGCCUGACGUGGUGAGCCCGGCGCUGGGACGCAGCCGCAGCAUGUCCUCCCCCACCAGACACCCAGAGGGAGAUGGAAAGAAGCAUAGCAGUAAAGUGCAGCACAUCAUGGCUGAGAUGAUCUCCACAGAGAGGGAGUAUGUGCGUUCCCUCAUCUACGUCAUUGAGCACUACUUCCCAGAGAUGGAGCGUCUGGACCUGCCUCAGGACCUCUGGGGGAAACGCAGCAUUAUCUUUGGCAACAUGGAGAAACUGUGUAACUUCCACUGCCAGUACUUCCUGAAAGAGCUGGAGGCCUCCGCCCACUCUCCCCUGUCCAUCAGCAGCUGCUUCCUCAGACACGAGGAUCAGUUUGGAAUGUACGCUCUCUACAGCAAGAACAAGCCUCAGUCUGACGCUCUACUCACCAGCCACGGGAAUGGAUUCUUUAAGAACAAGCAGUUGGAGCUGGGUGAUAAGAUGGACCUGGCGUCCUACCUGCUGAAGCCCAUCCAGAGGAUGUCUAAGUACGCCCUGCUGCUGAAGGACCUGAUCAAGGAGUGUGGUCAGUCCCAGGAACAGGAGCUCUCUGACCUCCGCACCGCAGAGGAGAUGGUUAAGUUCCAGCUGCGCCACGGCAACGACCUGCUGGCCAUGGACGCCAUCCGAGGAUGUGAUGUGAACCUGAAGGAACAGGGUCAGCUGAGGUGUCAGGAUGAGUUCAUCGUGUGGUGUGGCCGCAGGAAGUACCUCCGUCACGUCUUCCUGUUCGAGGACCUCAUCCUCUUCAGCAAAAGCAAAAAGAUUGAGGGAGGGUACGACCUGUACAUCUACAAGCAGUCCUACAAGACGGCAGAGAUAGGAAUGACAGAGAGCGUGGGCGACAGCGGGCUGCGUUUCGAGAUCUGGUUCCGGAGGAGGAAGUCCCAGGACACGUUCAUCCUGCAGGCCGGCUCUGGAGAGGUCAAGGCCGUGUGGACAGCCAUCAUCGGAAAGAUCCUCUGGAGGCAGGCGCUACGAAACAGGGCUGUGAUGCCACUGCACUGAGAACUGGUGUUACGGAGGAUCAGUAAGGACUUGAGUGAGGAAGCUAUCCUGUUAAGCAUGCUCAGUGACGCCUGUAACACUGGGCACUCUACUGUGUCUCUACUGAACUCUACUGUGUCUCUACUGGACUCUACUGGUCUCUACUGGACUCUACUGGUCUCUACUGGAUUCUACUGUGUCUCUACUUGUCUCUACUGUGUAUCCACUGGACUCUACUGUGUAUCUACUGGACUACUGGUCUCCACUCUGUCUCCACUGGACUCCACUGGUUUCUACUGGACUCUACUGUGUAUCUACUGGACUACUGUGUCUCUACUGGUCUCUACUGGACUCUACUGGUCUCCACUGGGCUCUACUGGACUCUUGACUGGACUCUACUGGAUUCUGAAAACAACAGACACAUAACAGACCACUAUGACAAUAGACACAUAACAAACCACUCUGACAACAGACACACAACAGACCACUCUGACAAAAUACCACUCUGACAACAGACACACAACAGACCUCUCUGACAACAGACACAUACCAGACCACUCUGACAACAGACCACUCUGACAACAGACACACAACAGACCACUCUGACAGAAGACACACAACAGACCACUCUGACAGCAGACACAUAACAGACCACUCUGACAACAGACACACAACAGACCACUCUGACAACAACAGACCACUCUGACAACAGACACAUAACAGACCACUCUGACAACAGACACACAACAGACCACUCUGACAACAACCGGCCACUCUGACAACAACAGACCACUCUGACAACAGACACACAACAGACCACUCUGACAACAACAGACCACUCUGACAACAGACACACAACAGACCACUCUGACAACAACAGACCACUCUGACAACAACAGACCACUCUGACAACAACAGACCACUCUGACAACAACAGACCACUCUGACAACAACAGACCACUCUGACAACAACAGACCACUCUGACAACAACAGACACUCGCCUUUGAGACCGAUGGCCUUUGGCAUUUCAUAAGGAUGUAUUGAAAAUGUAACAUUGCUAUGUAUGCAGUACUUAAAGAAAUAGUUUCACCAAUGCUGGUACGUGGCGUUCUGACUGUAUAUGUGUUUUAAUGAACUAGAUAUGUAUCACUGUUUAUAAUGUAGAAGCUUUGUUUUAUUAUGUUUUAUUCAAGGAAGCAAACAGAUGGAAAGUAUUCAGCAGACAGCCAGACAGACGCUAGUGGGGAUUCACUACCAGCUAUUCAGCAGACAGCCAGACAGACGCUAGUGGGGAUUCACUACCAGCUAUUCAGCAGACAGCCAGACAGACGCUAGUGGGGAUUCACUACCAGCUAUUCAGCAGACAGCCAGACAGACGCUAGUGGGGAUUCACUACCAGCUAUUCAGCAGACAGCCAGACAGACGCUAGUGGGGAUUCACUACCAGCUAUUCAGCAGACAGCCAGACAGACGCUAGUGGGGAUUCACUACCAGCUAUUCAGCAGACAGCCAGACAGACGCUAGUGGGGAUUCACUACCAGCUAUUCAGCAGACAGCCAGACAGACGCUAGUGGGGAUUCACUACCAGCUAUUCAGCAGACAGCCAGACAGACGCUAGUGGGGAUUCACUACCAGCUAUUCAGCAGACAGCCAGACAGACGCUAGUGGGGAUUCACUACCAGCUAUUCAGCAGACAGCCAGACAGACGCUAGUGGGGAUUCACUACCAGCUAUUCAGCAGACAGCCAGACAGACGCUAGUGGGGAUUCACUACCAGCUAUUCAGCAGACAGCCAGACAGACGCUAGUGGGGAUUCACUACCAGCUAUUCAGCAGACAGCCAGACAGACGCUAGUGGGGAUUCACUACCAGCUAUUCAGCAGACAGCCAGACAGACGCUAGUGGGGAUUCACUACCAGCUAUUCAGCAGACAGCCAGACAGACGCUAGUGGAGAUUCACUACCAGCUAUUCUGUUAAUUAACGCCUCCAUCACACCGACAGUAUCAUUGCAUUUUGGUCCACCAGAACUACAUUCAUUUCCAAUGAAAAGCUGCGUUUGUCCUGCAGCAUUGCGUUGCCGAGGCAGUUGCAGUGUGUUCUGU